GCAGUGAGAUCGUACUUCUCUUAUUCAGAAGAACCUACGCAACCACAUUGUUUAUUUCUGCAUUUCCUCAUAUUGAGUCUGACUUUACUUAACAAGUAGAGGCUGCCGUUACACUCUGAAUCGUCAAUAAAUGCAAUCAUAAGUAAUGGCUUGUGUGUCUCAAACAAUCUUCUCGGUGCUCCGGAUGAUAGAGCCGACCGUCGUACUCGAGGAGCUGGCCAGCGCUCUGUUCGACACCGCGCUGCUGCUGGUGGUGAAGGACCGGUCUGCCAACGCCACUGACCCGCACAUGUCCAGAGAGGAGAGCCAGCAGAAAGCCAUAACUAACUUCUACCUGACUUUCAACCUCAUAAUCCAGCUGACUCCGAUCAUACCCUCCGUGGUGCUGGCCAAGUUAGGAGACCGAGGCUGGAGGAAAGUCCCGAUCGUGGUGCCCCUGUGCGGGUACCUGCUGUCCAGGAUCAUGCUGCUGCUGGUGGUUCUCCUCAGCCUCCCGCUGAAGGUGAUGUACGGGGCGGCGGUUGUCUUCGGGCUGUCUGGCGGCUACUGUGCAUACUGGUCCGGGGUGAUGACUAUAGCAUCGCUCGCCUCCACCACGGCUGACCGAUCCAAGGUGAUAAUGAGAGUAGAGUUGCUGUAUGGGGCAGCAGGUCUGGUGGGCAGCUUGGUGUCAGGUCAUCUGUUCUUACUGUACAGCGCCAAUGUGGGACAUGGGACCAUCCUGCUGUGUGUGGCCAUUGCUCUGCUCCUACUGAGCCUCUUACACUCCUCGGUCCUGUUGAAGGUGAAAGAUGUAUCCAGAGAGCCAGAGGGGGACGGCCACAUCCUUUCUCCCACAAAUGAUAAUGUUGCCACCCAGGCUCCUGGCGGGAAAAACAUAGUGAACAUGGUUUUGCUGUUGGCCGCUGCUAUGAUGUACAUCAGUGCAGUGGGUGGAGCCAUGGAAGUACUGGGCUCCUUUGUGUUGAAGGCGCCGCUGAGCUGGAACGCCAUGCAGGUGGGUUAUGGGAACGCGGCAGGGUCUGCGAUUUUCUUCACCAGUUACAUCGGCGUCAUCGUGUUUCGCCGCUGCGUCAGUGAUGCAGCGCUCAUCAUGAUCGGCAUGGUGUCGUUCGCCUCGGGAAUAUACUUCAUGACCUUUGUCACAGCGACUUACAUGUACUACCUAGCUCGCUUGCUUACCAUGUUUGCUCUCAUCCCGAUGCCCACCAUCAGAUCUCUGCUCUCACAGCAGGUUCCAGCAUCCUCAUGUGGCAUCACUCUCACCGCACUGCAGUUGAGUCUGAAGUUUGCUGGUCUGGUGUACCUCCCUGCCUUUACCAAGAUUUAUCAGGCAACCCUGAUUAGGCUCCCCGGCUUUGUCUUCAUGCUGUCCAGCAUCUUGUCAGUUCUGGGAAUGAUACCCAUCAGUAUUGUUGGCUGCAGAUCACCUCAGAGGCAACAUUACCAGAGGAUCCAGGGUGACUGAGGCAUUCAGCAGCUGCGAUUGAACAAUGGCACGAGGAAGAAGGGAACUGAGAUGUAAAGUGGAGAAAAGGAGAACGGUGCACUUAAUCUCACUUCCUGUAAACUCUGCAGGGAAGAAUUUCCUGUGAUUCAGGAGGGACAAACUGCAAAUUCAAUGUUUACACGAGAGAGUAGAAUUUUUUUCAUAUUGUAAAAAAGCCUGCGUGUAGAGAUGACACGCACUGACAGAGGGCACGGUGUGAAAAUAUGUCAAACACUUCUUAAAAGUAGUUGAACUUUUGACGGAGAUGAAGUCAAACUCAUUUCAACAGAUUUCAUCAUCCUGAGAAAUUUUUCCAUGAGGACUUUAAAGGGAAAGGAGUCAUGUUCACAACGACUGUGAUUUCAACAUAAUGAAUAUGUGUCCGUCAGUGUGUCAGACAUGAAAAGUGCCAUGUGAGCACCACAUAAACCACAUCUUCAAAAAAAAAGAAGAAC